AUGGCUCAUGAUACACCCGAGGGCCAGCAGCAACAGCAUGGAAUGCCUCCGGAACUAACCCCUCCCCCCCGGGCAGAAUACUCGAGCAACCGCAACACGCGCAAGGCUCGUCAACGCAAGCUGGCCCUCACAGGGGCAGCCAAGGUCGAAGAAGCCGCUCGGAACUCCGACUACAAAGCGAUGAUCUAUGUGCGCAAAAAGGUCGCAGCCAAGGACGAAUACAAGAAUGCCUCGGACUUGGUCAAGGACCAGAUGCUGCAACAGGCUAUGGCAGAAACUAUGGAGGCCAGAAGCAAGAAAGGCCAGGACACAACGUCCAAGAUGGAGAAGUACUAUCGGGGCGAAUACGACUAUCGCCACGAGAAGGCAGGGCCGGAUUCACGGGUUUCGGUCACGGGGUUCAUGACGGCGAACCGGGUCGCCCCCCCGCCGCUCAAGUCCGGCCCGGCCCGCACCAUCGGAGCUCGGAGCCGACCCGCGACGGCACUGGUGGUCGCCGAGAGCGACGAACGGGAUAACGAUGACCUCGCUCAAGAUGGGGAGGAUGAUAGCAAGGCCCUCAGCCUCAGUCGCGAGGCCGCAGCAGAGCCACUCGCUCCGGUCGCUCGUGCCAUCAAGCUCUCUCAACCCCCCGAGGACCGACUCCUGAUGCGUCCUCCGCCGGCCCGCUCGGUCUACUCGACUCCCCCACUGGCAACGCACGCCUCAAGCACGGCCCCGGUGACCACGCUGGCACAGUCCAGCCAAGUCUCGCGCCUGCAGACCGAGGUGGAAGCCCUGCGGUCCAUUGUCCAGAACCUCGUCUCUGGCCUCGGCAAUGCCCGCCACGACGUGACCAACCUCAACUCGACGCUGACAACCGUGCGCACCGACGCCUCGCUGCUGCGCGCCGAGAUGUCGGUCAACAAGGCCCAGACCGACCAGGUGGUCAGCCAGAUGCCGCAGAUGCUACAUGCGCUGGCGACCAACCGCAUGCCCGGCGUCGAGGAGAGACUGGCUAGGGUCGAGGGCGUGGUCGACGAGCUCCGCCGGAGGAUGGACGAGGUCCUGAUGGGAUACGACGCUUCGGCAUCUGCGGACGUCAGAAGGGCCAGGGCCAGGACCAGGGCCGAGAACCAGAGGCGUGAGGCGGAGGAGCUGGAGCGCGGCGAGGAGGUCGCGGGUUUGAGGGAGAAGCUGAGGAGCGUCGGGGCCGUGCUGAAGGGGCCGUGGUAA